AUGAAGUUUGUUGAAGAUGAAGCAAAUGAUGAAGUUCUUGAUUCACGGAUGAAGAUAAUGAUGAUGUGGAUUGGACUCCGUGAAGAAAAUAGUCCCCUGCAGAAUCCUGAACUCAGUUUCUGUUAUAUGGUUUAUAGUGAGAGCAAAGAGUUUGUUACAUUUGAAUCCAAUCUCGGUCCUCGAUUCACUGAGUUAGUUAUCAAUCUUCGAUGGUGCGGACUGGUUUUGGUACCGGGCGGCCGAGUGCAUAUCUGCUUUAGUUGUUUUUGUGAAUGUAAGUUUGUGGUUAAUGGCAUGAAGGCAAGCUGGGGACUUGAUUGA